AUUUUAAUCGCUCUCACCUAUCAAACGAAUUAUCAACACAAAGACGUAAUAAAUCUGAACAAAUUCAUUAUAAUUUUGGUGUCUCUUGUAUUGUCUUUGAUCGUGAAGUUGUUCGUAUAACGACGUUAUAUUUUGUCAAGAAGAUAAAAUAAAUAUAACGGAAAAUAAUAUUUUAGAAGGGCAAAUAUAAGGACAAGAAAAAAAAAAAUCCUGAUCGAACAUCAAAGAAAGUAGAGAUUGACAUGAUGCGUUUAAAUUGAAAGACAAUGCAGUUAAACGAUGCGAACACUUUAUAUGGAAAAAAAGACUUGUUUCAUUGAUUGAAAUAUUUAAUAAUAUAAAUAUAAUAACAAAUACUAAAUAACAGUGAGGAGACAUGUGCAGAUGUUACGUAGUACAUUUAGGUGGAUGACAGGUUCUUCAAAUAUGGAUUCAAUUAAGGAUAAUGAUGGUCUCACUAUUAGUGAGAUUAAAGAAGAAUCUGAAGGUUCUGACUCUAUAGAGGUGGACAAUUCAAGAACAGUUUUAUUAAAGAUAGCUACAUUAUAUGCGGAACGUCUUAUGAAUGAUAUCUGUUUGGUUGUCGAUGGAGUAGAAUACCCAGCACAUCGUCUUAUCCUUUGUGCUUCUAGUGAUGUUUUCCAAGUAAUGUUAAUGAGUCCACAAUGGAGCGAAUCUCAAGAAAGUAGAGUAACAUUGCAAGAAACUCCUCAGUGUGCUCCAAUAUUUAGUGAAUUUUUGCGAUACUUUUAUACCGGUCAGAUAAGAAUUAAUCACGGAGUCGUUCUCCCAAUCUUAUCAUUAGCAGAUAAAUAUAAUGUUAAAGAUUUAAUAUCGUUGUGCCUUGACUAUAUGCAAGAUCAUAUUGCUUUGGCUGCUAUACAUGGUACAUUAGUAUCAUGGUUACAAUAUACUUCUAAUUGUGGUCACCACGAUAUUACUCAAUCAUGUCAAAAUUUUAUUAAAUGGAAUUUAGAAUUAGUGGCCAAAACAUCAGACUUUGGAAAUUUUGAUUUGGACAUAUUAGUGUCGUUGUUACAUCAAAGUAGUUUAGUUAUAAAAGAUGAGAUGACACUUUAUAAGUGCCUGGAAUCAUGGUUGGAUCAUCAGGCAAAUAGAUUAAAAACUCAAUUAUUGCCUGAUGAAUUGGAGGCAACAUUAAAGCAAUUAGUAGUAGCUGUUAUGUCACCUGUUAGAUUUCCAAUGAUGUCUCCUAGACAACUGGCAGAAUUACUUUUAUCACCAUUAACGAAAAAGUACAAAGAAUUUUUUGUAGAACGUAUGUCCAUCGGAAUGUCCUUUCAUUCUGGACAAAUUGAGAGAGUGAAGGAGGUUUGUUUAAACGAGGAAGAUGGUGCAUUAUUAUUUGAGCCAAGGCUUUAUACAGUGGACACGUGUAGUUCUUUACUUACAAUAGAAAAUUUUCAUGGAUUGCCUUCUUAUCAUACAAGAACGCUUGUGUUCUCAAGUCAUUCCUGUCUUGCAGAAUAUGCUGGCGAUAAGGCAUGCGAAUGGGUCGUAGAUAUUUAUCCAAAAGGUGUUUGGUUUAAAAAGUUUUUCCUUAUUGUUUGGCAAGGGACCGUAGAAAUGCCUGAACACGUUAAACGUUCUGUUAGAUUGUCUUUAACUUGUAAGGAACCUCCGGUUAAUAGUGAUACUGAUAUGAGAGUAAAAAUAGGUGUUCUGAUAUAUGGACUCCAAGAUGGAGUUGAACAUAUUGCAAGAGUGACAGAAAUAAUACAUAGAUUUAGUAAAAAAGAACGAGUACUCAAUCUGGAUGAUUUAUUACCAUUCGAAGAACUUAAUCCACAACAAGGUUCUGUAACAGAAAAUACAGUAUCUCCAUUCUUAGUUGGGCCCAAUAAAGAUAUACUUAAAUUGCAUAUAGUCAUCUCUCCAGCCAAUUAAUAUAUAAAUAUAGAUAUUCUGUUGUAUUAAAUGCGUACGAGAAAACAGGAACGAAAUAACGUUUUUUUUUUCUCUCUUUCUAGGUAAAUAUGUGUUUUUGAUAUUAUUUAUAUACAUAUAUAUAUAUAAUUUUUUUUUUUUUUUUUUUUUUCUUAAAAAAUUCAAUUUCUUAAUUCAUUCUAUUAAUUGUUGUGAGCGACUAAUAAUUGAUGACACAUUAAAAAUAUGAUAUUAAAUGUAUAGCUGAUUAUAUCUUUAAAUUAUUAUAACAGAUCAUUUUUUUUGUGUGCUAGUAGAAUAAUGCAAGGUUUGAUUUUUUGAAACAAUUCUCUUUUUUUUUUUUUUCUUUCCUUUUUUUUUUCUUCUUUUUUUUAUCGCUUAACGCAAAGAAAUCAAAUUAAAAAAAAAAAAGUUUAUUAUCAGUAAAAUAUAUAAUUUGUGCAAUCAUUCGUAUUUAUUUUAUAUGUGCAUAAUAAUUUGUAUAUUAUGUGUAGUGAACACAUAUGUAUUUAAGUGUAUAUAUACAUUGAUCUAAAUUUAAGUUUCUUGUUUUAAAGUAUAAUCUUAUAUUUGAUUAUAACAUCGGGGAAGAACAAAAAACAAAAAUACCAAUUUAAAACCAAGUUAGUUACGUUUAUUAAAUCUUGUCAAUAGAGUAUCAAAAAAUCUUUUAUUAGGAAUGAAAAUAUUGUCGAUGUAUAUAUAAUCGUGUUAAUAAAUCAAAAAUAAAAUAAUUUUUAGGUCAUUCUUCACAGACAUCCAUUGUGUAAGUUACUUCAAUGUAAUGAGAAGUAGUUAUAAGAAAUUAAAUAUCUGAUUGUUAUUAAAUGUUGAAUUAUAUAAUUAACUUCUUAAUAGAUAUAUUCCAUAUUCUUCAUUCCCACUUUUUAUGAUAAGACAUUUAUUGAGUUACAUAUGGAAUAUAACUUGUAACUGGAUAAACAUUAAAUUAAGAUCAAAUACAAAUUUGUAUGAUUAGAAAUGUUUGAUUAUUUUUGUUUUUUUUUUUUUUUUUUUUUUUUUUUUUUUUUUAUAUAACUCCUAUAGGUUUAAUAAAUAAUAUUAAUUGAAACGUCUAUGUAAACAACUGCCUAAAAGGAAAUAAAAUCUCAUAUUUAUAAAAUGAAUCUUUAAAGAGACAUUUAAAUUAUAUUAAUUAUUGUUUGGAUUAAUAUUAUUUAUUCAUUUAUACGUAUUCAUUAUGGAAAUAGGUCUUUAUUAUGUAAGAUUUCUUAUACUAUACUGAUGUAAAGUCCUUGAAUAUUUAAAGAGAUACAAGUGAAAGGUAUUCCAAUAUAUCUUGAAACGCAUUGACUGUAGAUGUUCAGUAUAGGCUUCAAAACUUUCUGUUAACGUUUUACGGCUUCAUUAAGAAUUUAUGGUAACAUAUAUUCCAUUAUUUCAAUUAAUAUUAUUUUUCCAUUAAUACAUUGUGGUAUGAAAGAUUCUAAGCAUUAAUUGUAUGUAUGUAUGUGUAUGUGUGUGUACAAGACAAAUUUGUUAACAGUCAAACAGAAUAUGAUCUAUUCUUUGUAAGGUAUGUUUGCUUAUGGAAGGAAGAUAAGGGAGCUGAGAUAUUGAAAGUGAAAAUAAGAUGAAAAUGGAACGUGAAUGAGUUAAGCAAGAAAAUAACAAAUAUUACAAAGAACGAUAAGAAUGAUCAAACACAUAUGUAUGAAUGUGGAGUGGGGAUGAGAAAGGCUACAGAGUGUAUGUGAGAAAAAGGAGGAAAAGUCUUUAAUAGACUAUUCUAAGCGAGGAAUAACAAAUAAAAGAUCCUAAAUGGAUCAAAUUUUGAAUAGUUCAAAGAAAAAGUAAAGAGUUGUAAUAUCCUAUUAUAAUAUCUUUGUCAAUAAAAUCCUUAACAAUCAAAAGUAAA